AUGGCACUACCGACGAAAGGACGUGUUAUCAUCGACACGACUGUAGGCGAGCUAGAUGUUGAGAUAUGGUCCAGAGAAACGCCGAAGACGUGUCGGAACUUUAUUGCUCUUGCUAUGGAGGGUUAUUAUGAUGGAGUGAUAUUCCAUCGUGUCGUGCCCGACUUCCUCGUACAAACUGGAGACCGAACUGGGACCGGCGCAGGCGGAGAGUCAUUUUAUGGAGAGCCCUUUGAGGAUGAGAUACAUCCUCGAUUACGGUACACACACCGAGGACUCGUCGGAAUGGCAAACAACGGAACGAAAGACUCCAAUGACUCCCAAUUCUUUAUCACUCUUGACCGAGCAGAUGAGCUACACGGGAAGCACACGUUGUUCGGGCGGUGUGUUGGAGACACUAUCUUCAAUAUCAUGAAGAUUGGAGCAAUGGAGCUGGAUAGUGAGGGCAAACCGUUAUAUCCGCCUAAAAUCAAGACUGUACGAAUCGUCGACAAUCCAUUCCCUGACAUCGUGCCCCGCAUUACUGCCGAAGAGAAGAGGGCUCAGCAACGAGCUCGAGAACAAGCACAGAGAGAACGUGAAGAGGAGAUUCGACGAAAAGGCGCAAAAAAGUGA